AUGUCUUCAUUGUGUUGUGGUAAUUUAUACGAGACUCAGUCUGCGUUGCCCAAAAACGAUUUAAAAUGCCUUAAUGAGCUUUAUUCUCGUUUAUUGGUCGACGUUCGACCUAUGUUUACUAACGAGCAGCUGUUAGAUAGAAUUUAUGACCCCGACCAUACUCUGUGUCGAAAUUUUGGAGCUGAAAUAUAUGUGCCAAAGCACGCUCAUGACGGAAAGACUUGUACUGCAAUAAGGACACUUAAAAACUAUCAGCGAAGUACCAUGGUUGGGGAACGCUUAAAUGGUUUGGCCUUGAUGCAAAUUCAUCAGGAAAUUGUACCAGAUAUUGUGUUCCUAGGCAUGCUGAUGAGCCCUGAUAUGGGGCGAAACAGUCUUGUGUGCAUCAAUAUUCUGAAUAGUGAAAAUCAACGACCUUGUGAUAUGUAA